AAGUCAGGAGUAAGCUUUUUAACAUAGUCUUCUUCGGGGGCGCCUUUUCCAACAAUGGGCUGUUGACAUGUAUAUUAAGAUUGAGACUAUGCGGCUUGACUGGUACUCAAAGCCGGAAAAUCAGAAGGUCAUCCGCGCUGACCUCUACCAGGGUCUUGUUGACACCGUCGUUGCCGGUGAGUCACGCGGUGAUCGAAUUGGCAAAAGAAUCGUGCUUCCACGGACAUUUCCUGGUGGUGAUCGUGACAUGCAGCGGAGGUUCUUGGAUGCUAUGGGAAUAGUGCAGCGGUCGGGUAAACCGGAUUAUUUUAUCACAAUGACUUGCAAUCCAUAUUGGGAGGAGAUAACCGAGGAACUGUUGCCUGGACAAAUGCCGCAUGACCGUCCAGACCUGGUGGCAAGAGUAUACAGUGCUAAACAGCGAGAUAUGAUGGACUUACUAACUAAGGGGAAGCAUUUCGGAGAAGUCGCAACCUAUGUACAUGUCACCGAGUUUCAAAAGCGAGGUCUCCCGCAUGAGCAUAUACUUCUAAUCAUGAAAGCAAAAAAGAAAGUUAGCGACACCAGAUGA